AAUGAUCCAAAAUGGACAGGUCUAAUAUGGAGACUUGAUAAUUCCAAAAUUGGACAAGUCUAAUAAGAAGACUUGAUGAUCCCAAAGAAUGAUAGGUCUCAAAAGAAAUGGCUUUAUGAUUCGAAAGGUGACAGGUCUGAAAGGGAAUUCUUGAUGAUUCAAAGAAGGACAGGUCAUGAGAAUGACUCUAUGAUUUCAAAGAAGGACAGGUCAUGGGAAAGACUAAAUGAUUUCACAAAAGGACAGAAAGAGACUGCUUAUGAAUUUGUUGAUGUUUUGAAGAAUAGCUAGCAUUGAUCUAAAGGGUAUUUUUUGGGGAUUCAUUUUUUAGAAUACAUUAGCAAUUCUUACUUGUGUUAUUACUAAAUGGGCAGUGAACUUCUUUUCCCUUUUUCAUCAUUCAACACCAAUUACUUCAAUAUCAGAUUGGCUCUGACGAUAUAUUUGUAUGUAUGCAUGAAGCUAAGCUGGAAGUUCAACCACACCUGUAUCCCCAUCUUCUUCUCAGAAAACUGGUUUUUUUUUUCCCAGUUUCUCUUUUAUUGAAGAAAUAAAAGCAGACUUCGGAAAUUGGCAGUUUCUAAUUAAAGAUGCACGUUGAUUUUGUUUAUUUUUAAUUUGGAUGAAAGGGUGCGAACUGCAAACACCCUUUUAUGUAUGGUUAUAUUUAAGUUGCCUGAAAGACCUUGGACACUAGCUUUCUUCUUAAUAUCUGAUUGAUUUUUUUUAGAAGUACCUGUUCAUCAAUCAUUUAUACCUCCUAAAUCCUGUUGAACUUCACAAGGAAAUGAUUUGAGCGUUCAGCUCACUGGUGGGUAUAUCAUCUGGUCACGGGAAACACACCCUUUGCUAUUUGAGAACUCUUAGCACUACAGGGAGACAACAAAUGACACAUCAAUUGAGUCUAACCCAACUGCCUCUCAUGCAACUUCUCUAAAGGAAUGGUAUGUAUAUCAAUUUACCCCUCAUCACAUAUCAAAAUCAGGUUGAAAUCCAUUGCCAAUUUCACUUAUCAAAGAUACUUCCCAUUUAAUAACCACAUUCUAGCCUU